CAUCUCCCCACAGGAGCUUUUAUCAAGUGUUUUCGAUCACUUCAUAAACAGCUCUGUUCCUCUCUGCCGCGAGUUUAGGAUUCUCUGAAACUACAUUCGAGUACCUCGGUUGAUUUUUAGCUGACUAUUGAAGAUGUCAAGCACACAAAUGCAGUCUACUGACUCGGAUCCUCCCAAAUUUCAUCGUCUGUUCAAGUUUCAUGACCCUGAAGUGGUGGCAGUUCUGGCAAUAUUACUAGGUUUGUUUCAGCUCCUCCUGACUAUACCAACUUACAGCGCCAGCAUUGAUAUGAAAUAUAUGUUUUUGUGCCCCCUCUAUAUAGGUUCUGUGUCUGUGAUUGCUGGAUCGUUUGGUAUGGCAUCUGAAAGAAGUCCUAGGAAAGCACUGCUAAACAUCUGUCUGAUCUCUGGUAUUGCUUGCCUGGUGGGGACACUGAUUGGCCUUGUUCUGUAUAGUUAUGCUGCAAGUACCUCUCUAGACCUCCCUCCUUGCCCACAUGAUUCUGUUUGUCCAGAAGAGGUUUUUCAGAGUUUUUACAAAUCGAUCUCUGGGCAGCUGUUGUUUUAUGAUAUUGCAGCUUUGGUUCUUCAUUGUUUCCUAACAUUUUCUGCGUUUAAAGGUCUAAGAAAACACUGAGAUCACGUUAUACAGCAUACACUUCUCUUUGAUCAUUUUACCUAUGAGCAAUUUUAAUUAGUAGACUGCUCUAAAACAUUAUCACUGAUAUUGUCUUUGUGUUUUUUUUUCUCUUCUUAAAAAUGUGAAUUUACAAUAUUGUCAUGUACAAAAUACAGAUUUGGAAGUUUUUUGUGUGAAACUGGUGACAGUAGCUUGCUUUAACUGUAUAUAAAUUGUAUUUAACCCACUGUAUUUAAUUGUAUUUAACCCACUACAGCUCAGAACUUUUUAAGUAAAACUAAUGUGUUGCCAUUAUUACCAAUGGCAAUGAUGGUCUUUUGCUAAUGAAACUCUAAAAAAAACUCAUAAAAUCAGUGGAUGUAAUGAACAAUGGAUGUAACUGAAUAUGCAAAAACAAAUGUGCAGUUUUACAGUGCCUGUAAUUACAAGCAAUAAAAUUAUUUUGUACUAUG